AUGGCCAUCCUGACUGGGUGUAUGAGCCGUGCGCUCCUCCGGCGCGCAGAGCGGUGGUGGCGCAGGACGCGCCCGGUUUUCGUCGCUUUGGUGUGGACACUGCGCCUGGGCGCCUCCGGGGCUUUCCUGCCCAGCGAGCGUCCUCCCUGUGCCACCCGAUCCUCGUGGACCUACAAACCCGAGGCCUAUCUGGAUUCGCCAGAGGGAUUUUUCCUAGCGCGGACUGUGUGUUUGCGCUGGCGAUGCUCACAGAAGAAAGGCUCAGAGCUGUGCGAGGAGGCAGGAUGCGCCGGUCAGAGUCCUCGGGGUGGCCCUUGCCCGCAGCUCUUGGUGCCGGUCCGCUCCCGGGGACCGCGCUGCAGCCGCCCGGGAGUCCGGGCGCGUGAUCUUUCCACAACCCACGCGGAUCCCCGGAGCGCUGGCGGCGCUUUGGCUUUGGGCGCUGAAUGGACAGGGGAGAAAGGGGUGGGGGCGCCGGAUCUCCUAACAUGGAUUACUUGGUGCUUGUCAACUGGAUUUAGAAGACCCACGACCUCGUCCCCAUCAUCCACGGAUUGCCUUUCCACCUCCCAGCGGCUUUCCCACCUGGAGGUAAAACCAGAGGUUUCUGCCGAGGUGGAGCGAGGACAAGAGAAAGGCCUAGAGCGGGAGGCUGACCAAGGGCUGUUCCUGCUCACUCAUGAUGCUCACCAGAAGCUCUGUGGAAUUGUGGAAGAUAUGUCCCUAACCCUCCUUUCAGGACUUGGCUGUGAUCACGCUACCUCUGGAGAACUAAGAGCCCUGGAUUCAAUUGAGGAAUAUUAUUUGGGAAAAUACAGAAACUUCUAGACUGUGAAGAUAUUUAAACGAACAAAGACAUCUCUGGACAUGACCUACAGCUGGGGAAGGCUCGCCAUCCCAACUCAUCUACUGUUUUCUAGAAGACAAGUCCCCUGAUGCCACUCCCAAGGAUACUCUUCUCCACUCUGUCCCUGUCCCAGAUACCACGCCUUUCCCUGCCUGACCCCACCUCAUCUUUGGACCCAGAGAUUCUUAUUUGCUCUAUCCAUUCGAGUCAGAUGCAGAGUGAAUAGUUAACUACACUUGAGUUGAAUGGGAUCUUGGUUUCUGUUUCUGUUCCUUGUAAAGAGGUCACUCUCUGUUCGUGGCGCGCAGCCUGGAAACGGUUUGUGACUCCAAAGAAGCACAAGAGUCAGCAUGGAGGUCCUGUGGGCUCUUGGAGAUCAGGGGAGUCCAGUAGGGCUGCCGCUUGCUGUGGUCUUCCAUUGCUUGGUUCACACGCAGGUGUACGCUUGGACAGGUAGAGAUGAAGCCAUUGUCACCCCAUCUUCUGUGACACAAAUGGGAUGAGCUAUAAAGACCUUCUUCAAAGGUGGCAGUGGGGGAUCGUCUUGUCCAGGUGCUUUGUGACUGAGCCGCCGGCUCCAUUAGUGGUGCCUCCUGAGGACCUCCUCCCCCUGGUGUAUGCUGAUGGUUGGUACACACAGCUGUCCAGAAGCUGGAGACUUCUGGGUCCCUUUCCUCUGUGGCCUCCACGUGGGCAGUUGGAAAUCCUUCCAAAUCAUGUCAUAAAUCCACCUUCUUGACUGCGUACUCAAAGACAUUCGAGGCUUUUUAUUUAUAAAAUGGAUGCAUAGUUUGUUCAUAUAAAGCAAUCCGAGCUUCCUCUUAUUGUAAUUGAUGUAUUUCUGUGGCUGUUCAGUGACUUUAUAGUGGGAUAUUGACUUUGGCCUCUCAGAUUCUCCAUGGUAGAAUUGAAAGACCUCCUAAAGAUGUUUAAUGCUGCUGAAAUCCAAAGAAGGCUUACAGACAUUCUUCUUCCUCCCUCCCUCCCUCCCCUACUUCCUCUUUCCUAAGCACACAGUGGCAGCAUGUGCUUGAAUUGCAUGAAUUCCUUCAGGUUCUAAGGAAUGGUGACCCACUCCUACCAUCUCUGUAAAUGUGAUCUUUUCUAAAGUAACAGUAGAUAAAGCAAUAGAAAUGGGUGGAGGGGCUACCUAGGUGGCCUGCCCAUAAUCUGUAGGGGACCUGCCCCCACAUUACCCUGGGUACUCUUGAGAGAGGGAUAAGAAAAUAUCAGGUAGGAAGAGAGACCUAGUUGUUGAGAAGAAAGGACCUGGGUCAAUAUCCACCGGCCCAGAACUUUAUUCAAAAGGACUUUUUAUAACAAUGUCAAGGGGCAAGGCAAAAGACCUCCCCUUUGCUAGAUACAGGCAAGUAUAGACCCUUCCAAACACCUGGUAACCACAUCUAUGGUCAAAUCAUCCCCUUUUGCAGCCCUGCUGGGUAAAGUAAGCUCAGAUUCUCUGAGCUGGAGUAAUUUGGGCCUCCACAAUAAUCCCAUAGUUAGACCACGUACUCAAGAGCCACAGGGAUGACAAGGACAGUGGCAUCCAGAUUGUCAUGUUCCUCCCUGUGCAGUAGGAAAUAGGGUUCCUAACUCCCACAUUCCACUCUGUGUGGAGCUGGGGAGAUCCAGUCAUCUCAGCCUGCCCAGGACAAGGGAUUUCUUGGGACAAGAGAUUUGAGGGAGCUAAAUCUGGGGCUGACUUGAGAAAAGUGUCACAGUUGGUCAUCCUGCUGAGUGAACUAGUGACUGUGUCUCUUCUGCUCCUGUAGCAAGGAGAAGCUGGGUUGCUUAGCCAGUCCCCAUUCAGGCCUGUAUGUCUGGUCACUCAUUGGCCACAGGGCAGCCUACACACAGAGCAGAUCAGGUGCCCCUCCUGACCAAAUGUGUUAUUUGUAAGAUGGUAGGUUUGUCUUGUAUUGAAGAAAAUCUUAAGUGUGGUGGGCCAGUUGAGACCAUGUCCUUCCGAGGAGUGUUGUGUACAGUGGGCAUGGCAGAAAUUCAGAGCACCAGCAAUUGCUCUAGGACCGUCCUAUAUAGGUGACACUGACCCUGUAUUAAAAAUGAAACUGCCCUCGAAGAAGCAAACCCACGGCCACCAGGAUAGUACAGGAUGCACAGCACCAUGCUCAUGCUUGGAUAUGUGUGUGUGUGUGUGUGUGUGUGUGUGUGUGUGCAACACCUGUGCAAACGUGCUAUAUAGAAUAAACGAAGAUCAAAAAUUUGCAUCUUUGCUAGACAGAGACAAAGAGCUGAAAUCUUAGGGACAAUGUCUGGAAAGCAGGGGACUUGGCUAGGAGACUUCCUGAAAGUCCUUUGAACUGUAGCUUUUAUUUAGAAUAUCAAGGGCAUUUCGACUGGGAUAAGUGUGUACUUUCUUUCUUAAGUCCUCCCCGAUAACCCUGAUAACCUGGGUUCAACUUAGAAAGCAUUGAGUGGGACCUCCCAGCUCACUCUUACCUUCUCAGUCACUAGCAUCAGGGAGUGGGUGGGACUUUAAGGAGGUAGGAAAGGGCGGAGUCAUGCCAAUCCAAUUUGGGGUGUUCAUGACAAGUAAGAACAAUUGAAAGGUAAAUUAUAGGUUCUUUUGCAGCUUAGAAAAGCUAGGUUUUCAGGAUUGCCUGGCACCUGAAGUUGUUGUUGUCUGUCAGGGAUUUCAGCUCCCACCUUUCUGCUGAAAGCUAGGCAUGAGGGUCCAUGAUGUUGGAGCAGGGGCCUCCCCCUAAUCCUUCUCAUCUUCAGUUUUGAGGCCACAGUGUGGGUAAUUACAUACUAGGGCAGUGAUGUGCAUCCAGGCAUUCAGGGAUUUUGGCAUUAUUCCUGAGAACUCCCAUGCAUCGGGAAGAAUGCAAGCCUGUAUCCUUUUCUUUGGAUACCAUCUUUGAAAAGAUAACUAUGGGAUUGAGGAGAUAGCUCCAUCACGAAAGUGCUUGAGGACCAGUGUGGGGGUGUGUGCAUUUAUUACCCCAGUGCUUGGGAGACAGAGUCUUGGGGUUCACUGCUCAGCCAUUCCAGCCUACUUGGCAAGUUCCAGGCCAAUGAGAGGCCCUGUCUCAAAAAAACAAGGGCGCUGGAGAGAUAGCUCGGUGUUUAAGAGUGCUUGCUGUUCUUGUAGAGAAGCAAAAUUCAGUUCCCAGUACGCACAUCAGGCCACUCACAACUGCCUGCAACUUGAGUUCCAGGGGAUCACACACCUUGUUUUGGCCUCCACAGGAACCUGUACACACACACACACACACACACACACACACACACACACAUACACACACACACACACACACACACAAAGUAAAAUAAAUCUUGAAAAAAAUCAAGGUGAGUAACUCUUGAGGAACAACACUUGAGGCUGUCCUUUGGUCUCUUCUCACACAUGCCAUGUGCACUCAUUCAUGCUCUCUCUGUCUCUCGCUGUCUGUCUCUCUGUCUCUGUCUGUCUGUCUGUCUGUCUCUCUCUCUCUCUCUCUCUCACACACACACACACACACACACACACACACACACACAGUAUUCACUCAAAGAUGAACAUGUUUCAGCUGCUCCUUCCUAUGUACCCCAUAUUCACUGUUUGAUCCUUGAAGAAGCUUUGCUACUGAGGCAAAGGCAGCCCUCUUCCUCUCUCUUCUCAUCCACAUAGAAUCCCAGGAUCUCAGUAGCUCAAGUAAUCUACCUCAUCAGUUCUCUGAACCGAUCCAACUCACACAGGAAUCUCCCUUUCAAAUUCUGACCAGCUGUCAUCCAGACCUGGGGAGGCAGCCUUUGGUUGAGAGGGAGUUCUAAGGGAAGGCUGAACGUUAGUCACCAUGAUGGUGAAAAGAGGAGAAUUUUAGAGAGGAAUGCAGAGGCUGCUGAGUGGCCAUGAGUGUCAAUUCCUCAAGGAGAUUUUGAGCUAAUUUAUUUUGCCUUUGCCCCUAAUCAGUCUCUUACGUUUGGAUCCUAAGGUAUGUGUAUGCUGGUUUAAAAUAAGCAUCACAGGGCAGGGAAACAGGAGACCUGAGAUUUUGAUGUCAGAAAGUCCCUCUUUGUAUUUAACAUGCAGGGCUGGGUACAAGUGCCUAGGACCGUCUCCUGAUGCUGUACACAUUGCUGUUGUAUUUGGAGCAUAAGUCAUCAGUUUUCUAGGAGUUGUUGUCUUAAAGAUCUGCUUAUUUUCCAUAGUGGAAGAGUCCAUUAACUGAUAUCCAUGGGACGAUGGGAAUUACCCCAUCUCCAUGCUGACCACUCUUAACCUGAUCAUAACUCAGUUAUCAUAAUCAUGACUACAUUUCAAAUUUACUCUGCUCCACGCCCCUGGGAUCUUAUGGAUCAUUUGAACUUGACUCUAGACCCCAGGAACCCUCUGGUCUACAAAUAGACUUGGGGACCUUCCUAUGCAGAUGUGUGUGGAAUUACUAGAGGUGGGAAGACAUUCUUAUGGUGAGGCAUGGCCUCCCACUCAGGAGACAGCAGUUUGAAGGAUAAAGAGUGACUUCAGAAAUGACCACUGACACUGGAUGAGACCCUUAAAGACUAGGCUUGUGGAAAGCAUGUGGAGGGAAGCCUAAAGAGAUCCUUGAACUUGAGGUAGGUUGAGGAGCGGUCUGGAUACCUGGGAUCUAGUCCUUUGCUUCAACUAGCUCAAGGUCAUGUGUCAAUCAUUCAACCCUACCUUCUGUGGCUCAGUGUUUUCUGUAUGUACAAAGGAGCAGGAAAGUAAAGAAGUUGACUGUGUGUCAGGCUGGUCGCCCUGCGUGCCCUGGCUGCUGUCUAUUUCCUGAUCGGUAACUCAUUGUCUCUUUAGCCACACAAGUUGGAAUUAGGGCUUUCUCUUCCCAGGGAAGUCCAUUACCAAAGACUACUUCAAAGAUGUUUGCACAUGUUGUCGGCUGCACUAGGCAUGAGUUUGUUGAAGGCAAAUAGACACACAGCUGGUGACGGGAGGGGACCAAGGGCUGUUUAGCCCUGAGAGACUGCAAGGCAAGGCCAAGAGAAACAAAACAAAACAAAACAAAACAAAACAAAACAAAACAACUCUGCCUGCCAUUUUGACCAGUCAAUAAAAAUGGGGAACUCUGAAUGGUUAAAACCAUAGGGGAUUUAUUAGUUUGCUUAGUGAAGGGCAAAUAUUAAGUCUGAAGUUGACCCAUCCUGGGACCUGCCUUUUGGCUUUUGUGUUCGGCCAGGUGCCGAUCACUGCAGACUCCACGUUAUUAAGUUCUGUUCCUUUUCUUUUUUAGAAUUGUUUUCUGUCUCCCUCUUUUCUCCCUCCUUUACCUAUCCUUUCUACCUCCUACCCUUCCUAGAAACUCAAGUGUGGAUUUUGGAGGAGGUGGAAGACUUUGCCUGAUCAUAAAAUUCUCGGGCCCAGGGCUCUGGCUGGCAAUUGGGGUGGCCUUGGGAAAUGUGCUUUCUAGGUUGCCUUAUGGAUUCUCCAUCUUCUGACCUGGACUUCAGAGUGCUAAUAGGCAAAGGAUUCGUCCCUCAUUAAACUUGGAAUGAGUACAAUGGCAUGUGUUAGACCGGACCACAACUAUUUCUAAAUCAUAACCUCGAUGUCCUAGGAGACCGUCCCUGCCUAUCCACGACAGGUAGCUUCAGCUACUUAAGGUACUACUUAAGGAGAGGGCCACAGGGCUUAUGACUAUUAGAACAGAGAGGAUGGACAGUCUACCUAGCUUCCAAGAACCAGGUCAAAUGUGAACAUUUCCAGGGGCAAGCAGUCCACUGUGAAACACUGCAGCUGUGAGUGCUUGGGUCUCCUGUGGGAUGUAGUACUAAAGGGCACACUGCUCCACAUCAGAGACUCAGCGCUCUUAUCCAGAUCUGCUCCAGGAGACUGCCCAGAAAAGAAUGUCUUCCUUCUCUGCCCCAGGCAUUACAGACAACUCUCCACCUAUUGCUCAUGCAGCCCACAGUUGGGAAUGUUCUGGAACUGCUUCAUGACGAAAGUCCCUCUCAUAUUCCAGUAAUGAGCUUUUAUUGAAUGGGGCGUGUUAGCUUUCCAUAGCUUUAGCAAAUACCAGAGAUAAUCGGCGUUUAAAGAAAAAAGGUUUAUUUUGGCUCGUUGUUUUGGAGGUUCCGGUCAGAGCCAUAGCUUGGGGACAAACCUGAGCAGGAGCCUACGGCAGAGCAAAGCCACUCAUUGUGUGGCUGGAGAGAGAAAGAGGGUCCUGUGUCCCACAGUCUCUCCAAGCGCAUUUCCCCAAUGGUGUGAAGACUUCCCAGGAGACCCAGACUUUAACACAUAAGCCUUUGGUGGGGGCAGGGAGGGUGUUCCAGAUUCAAACUGCAGCCUACCAUGUGAUUUCAAAUCCUUUGCCCAUCUUUAUGGGGAAGUCUGUGUUUUGAAGGAUCGAUAGUAGGCACCAGGGGAAAAAAGCUUGUCUCAAAUGCUCUCUUAUCUAGGAGGCUUUCUUUGAUUUUUCUUUCCCUCUCAAUGAAUUGGGGCAGCCCUCUUACAUAUUUUAUGAAGCAUGUUGUAGCAUGUAUAGACAUAUAUAUGUCUGUAUGUCUGUAUAUGUCCCUCCUCCCAUGACCAUAUGUUAAUAUCAAAUUAACCACACCAUGGUUGAAUUAUUCUGAGUGCCUCCUCUCUGCUUACCCCUUCUGUUAGAACAAGAACUCAGUUAUUUCUUAUUGAUUGGAAGGUGACCCCAAACUGCCCCUGGUGUUCAGCUCUCACAACAAGCACUCUGAUCUGCUCUUCACAGACGCUCUCUGGUCAUCGGAAGACAGGCCUAGAGGAGUCCAGUGCCUUGUCCAAGCCUUAUACAGGUGAGAGCUGGGAUUCAGAAGCCACGGGGUCACUGACAUGGCAAAUGAGCAAACAAGAUGUGGAGUUGCCUUUCCCUGUUUGCAGUCUGUCACAGCGUGUAGUGCCACAUCUGCCUGCCUUUUGUUUGCCUUCUAAUAAUCAAUAAAGUGUUAUCAGAACAGCA